CUCGGAUCAUUUCCGAUCUCGAGCAUGGGCAAGGUCCGCCGCACCAAGACGUACCGCGUGCACCAGCCGGCGGCUGUCGCCGCCACCAAGGACGACGACGCUGCGUCGGAUGCCGGCGAGCCCGAGGUCGGCGAAGCGCACUUGAGCCGCGGCCAGCGCAAGCGCCAGAAGCGCCGCGACGCGUUCCUCAAGAAGAUGGGCAUGGUCCAGCGCACGGUGGCCGAGAAGGAGAAGGCGGCCAAGAAGGAGACGGACGGCAUGUUUGGCGACCUCGAAGAGCUGCAAAAGUCGCUCUUCUCGGAGGCGCCGGCUGCCGUUAAAGUCGUCGAGGCCGCGCCCAAGACCGUCUCGCAGAUGACCGGAAAGCAGAAGAAGCGCAUGGCGAUGCAGGAGCUCGGCCAUCUCAAGGCCGUCCAGACGCACCCGGCGUUCCAGUCCAACCCGUUUGCGGCCAUCCAGAUGCAUCUGCAAAACACCGUCGUGCACAACAACGAGCACGCGACCAAGACCAAGAAUUAGACACCCCCACCCUGUACGAGCUAAUAUACUACUUACUACCUAC